GGCGGGGCAAGGCAAGAGAAACCAACACACAACCACGCACACACACACGCGUACACAAUCACACGCACACGCAACUCAGCUCACAGAGGAGAGAGCGCAGAGCGGGAUAAACAGGAGAGAGAAGGAGAGAGAGAGAGAGAGAGAGAGAGAGAGACUAUCGGAACGCAGCGGCUUGUGUGUGUGUGUGUGUGUGAAUGCGUGUGUGUGUGUGUGUAAGGUAGGCUAGGUUUUUUAGGUACGCGCUCGCUCGGCGGUAGAAACGACUGGCGUGGCCGGGCGGACAUGGAGGGACACGGGAAAAACGCUGGGAAGUGACCGAGCACCGAGGCCGAAGAAGGGGGGGGGGGAAACAGAGAAGAUAAGGGGGACGGAAGGACGGAUAUACGGAACGGGAAAGAAGGAAGAACCGGAAGGACGGAAGCAAAAGGAGACGAGAAAAGUCUGACAAGAGGAUUUGAAGAGCGUGAACGCAUCAGGAUCAUAAGUGUCUAAAACCAGCUGACCACUGUAAACUGGAGUGAAGGGAUCCAAAGGAGUGAACACAACAAACACUCAAGUAAACCAUGAGGUGUGAGCCCCGGGCUGGAUGGGACCCACCAUGCCCCCCAGUAAGAAGGCUCAGAGCCCCAGUAGUGGAGCCAGCGCCUCUCAAGGCAUGAGUCCGCCGUACCGACAAGGCGACGCUGCAACCGCGGCAUCAGAAGCCGAAGCGGCCGACCUUUCUCUGUCUUUAUCAGCUUCCUUCUCCAAAGCCGAAGACGAGGAACUCACAAGUCUUUCCUGGCUCCACGAGAGCACCGACCUCCUCAACAGCUUCAGCCACUCUGGGUUACGUAGCGUUUCCCCCUUGCUGGACCCCGACGGACAGCACCCCCGCUCGCCUUCUUCCUCAUCGCCAUGCCCGGACGACCCCUUAUUGGGCGAUGCACACUCGGCGUAUGACUUGGCGGCAGGGGCCAAUAGGAAACCGCCGUAUUCUUUCAGCUGUUUGAUCUUUAUGGCGAUUGAGGAUGCGCCAAACAAGCGGCUGCCGGUAAAAGACAUCUACGGAUGGAUCCUGGAGCAUUUUCCCUACUUUGCAAGCGCCCCCACGGGAUGGAAGAACUCGGUGCGCCACAAUCUGUCGCUAAACAAGUGCUUCAAGAAGGUGGAUAAAGACCGCAGCCAGAGCAUAGGGAAAGGAUCUUUGUGGUCAAUAGACCCAGAAUACCGACACAACCUGAUCCAGGCGCUGAAGAAAACACCGUAUCAUCCCUACUCGACGGGACUGGCGACUACACCUUCCACAUCCCCGCCCACCUUGUCUCAGACAUUUCACCACAGUCCUCCAUUGUGGUCAGGGAGUCCGCUCUUCAGAAAGAACGGCGGUGUCCUUCUACAAGUUCCACGUGGGGUGAUUCAAAAUGGCGCCCGGGUAAGGAGCCAGGCACUCUUCCCUGUGAUCAGACCUCUUCCUGUCAGUCCUGUGGGGAGCAGAACUUCUGCGAUCAGGUCAUCCCUCGGAGAUUACCUAAACCGAGGUCAGGACAGCCCUUCCUGCUACUCCCCUCCUCCCUGCGGUGAGGACCUCCAGGAAGAUCACACCUACAGCACCGCCAAAUCCCCGACCAGGCUGGGGUCCUCCCAGGCGGCGGCCCCUUCCUCUCCGUUGGAGGACGACGACAUCAUCGCCGUGGAAAUCCAAUCCGACGUCAAACCCGAGCCUAGAGAGAUCCCGCUGGAUUCCCACGUCACGACCGCCUCCUACAUUUCCCAGCAACCCCUUCGCGCACAGAGACGUACCUUGGUGACGGGACCCGGAACUCUGGCGGGAAGCAGCUUUGUGUGGACCAAAAAUCGAGCGCGGGGCAUCAGCGACACGCUUCCGCUGAAGAAACGGCGCGCCAUGGCGACGGCGGUGGAGAAACCGCCGGAAAGCGACGACGAGGAGAUGAAAGAGGCGGCCGGGUCGCUGCUACACCUGGCCGGGGUCAGAGCCUGCCUCAAUAACAUCACGAAUCGCACCGCUAAGGGCCAGAAGGAGCAGAAAGAAGCCCUGAGAAACUAAAAAGACACGGAAUCACGCGUUCACACGUUAGCACGCCGACAUGCACACGACGAGUAGGUCAACAGGUAACACGGUUUAGUCUCAACGGACACUUCUCAUCUCCCUCGAUCUAACUUGCAGGGCAUUAGGUGAAUCCUACUUAUUUGUGGCAAUAUCAAAAAUCGAUGUUUUCCUUACAUGUUCAGCAACACUAAUGGGUACUUCUCAUGUGUCUUUUUUUUUCUUUUUUGUCGUUUUCAAAACAAAACAAAAAAAAAACAAAAAAAAAAGGGGAUGAAAGCCAUAGUAAAAGCAUUAAUUUGGACACGUCGGUCGGCAAAGAAACGAAGCACGGACGGGAUGACAUGAUGGCUGUUUUGUCUUUGCGUAUCUCUUUGUGCGCGUGAACCCGUAGCAAUCUCGCAGUGAUGGCGGCGCGAGCAUCACUUUACAUCCUUUUUACACGAGCACAAAUGUGAGACUGUGCCAAAGAGAAGUGACCAGGUUGCUUCAUGUAGCCAAUAACGACAGACAGACAGCUGACAAAAAAAAAAAAAAAAAAAUUAAAAAAAAAACCUGAAGGCUAUGGUAGUAAAGCUUGACGAGUGUCAAAAUAAUUGUAAUGUGAUAUAUACUCAUGCACUUAAUAUUAUUUUUACGCCACUUCUAGUAAAGCGACAUGGUUUAUUUCAAGAGCACUCAUAGUAUUUAAGAGUAGAUAUAUGAAAAUUAAAAAAAAAAAAAAAAUGUAUCACCAUAGAGAUGGAUAGCGUGCCGGGUGUGAGGCAAUAUCUCCUUCAUUUUGUUGUUGUUGUUGUUGCAUAAUGUAAAACAUCCCUGAACUUUUUACCCAGUACUUCCUGUCUACGGACCCCCCCGAGAAGACGUCUACACAAAGUUGUUUUACGGUUUAUGUUGUUGUCCGUUUCCUACUUCCUACUCCUUACUCACUCGACCCCUCAUAAAGAUAUAAGCAAUUUGCUCCCACGCGGGCAACUCUGUAAAAAGUUAGAAAAUAUUUUAUUUUUUUCCUUUCUUAAUUGAAGCAAUUUGACCUGCAGGACUUUUCUCAGUUAUAUUGCAUGGGUGCUUGUAAAUAAGAUACAAAGCAAAUCUUUUUUAUUCAAAGAACAUGUAAGAUAAACGAUGUAUUUAGCAUGAAGCAUGACUUAUUUUCAUAUAAACCUUGAUCCUAGAGGAAAGAAAAAAAAAGUUUUGCCGCCAAUUCUUAUACCCGUGACUAUAUUGGAUUUUUAUUUCUUUUUAUUUUUGCUUUUUUGUGUUUUUUUUUUUUGUUGUUUAUUUGAAUCCUUUUCAGGGUUCUUGAAAGACACGCCUUCAGGGAGCGAGGUUUUCUCGCUCCUAGUAGGCCAUCUCUUAGGGGUUCUGUCUUCUUCUGCUCGUACAGUGGUUGAGGUGAUCAGUGUUAUUCCACAACACAUCUGUAAUGUGUGUGUGUGUGUGUGUAUACCCAGGAACACACUGUUUAACAUUGUGCCUGCCCCUCAGUACCUCUGUUGUCAUGUCACGGACCUUCUUUAUUUAACACAACAGUAUUGUUUAUUUCUCCUCCUGUGUGUGUGUGUGUGUGUGUUGGCAUCAGCAUCAUUCAGUGUAAAUGUACCAAACAACUUUAAGUUGGUGAAACAACUUAGAACAAUAUAUGCCCACAUGAAAAAGAAUCGUUCAGGAUGGAUUUAAACGAAGUAGAAAACACAAAAAAAGUACACUUAAGCCCAAAACGACUCGUAUCCUGUACAAAAAGAAACAUAUUUCUCAUAUAUUUUUUAUUUAUUAUUCAUGGGAAGGGUCUGGUUUUAGAGCUGUAAUGAUUAAUUAAGGAUUAAUCGAUGAUGCAAUUAAUCGACAACUAUUUUGGUUGGUUCAGCCUCUCAAAUGUGACUUUUUUUUUUAAAUUUCCUGAGUCAAAAUCAGCUUUGACUUUUUAACGGUAAUUGACAUUUUUGUGACGACAACCACUGCAGGGAUGUGAGCUUCGAGUGUGCAUGAGAAUAUUCCCGCUCAAAGUAAGAAAAAUUACUCUAGGGAGGGAAAAGUCCAAUUUCAUUCAUUCAUUUUCUACCGCUUUUCCUCAGGGGGGUGCUGGAGCCUAUCCCAGCUGUCUUCGGGCGAGAGGCGGGGUACACCCUGGACUGGUGGCCAGCCAGCCAAUCACAGGGCACAUAUAGACAAACAACCAUUCACACUAAUAUUCAUACCUAUGGACAAUUUGGAGUCGCUAAUUAACCUAGCAUGUUUUUGGAAUGUGGGAGGAAACCGGAGUACCCGGAGUACACGGGGAGAACAUGCAGAGAUGGCCGAGGGUGGAAUUGAACCCCGGUCUCCUAGCUGUGAGGUCUGCGCGCUAACCACUCGACCGCCGUGAAAACCGCAGAAAAGUCCAAUUUUACAUUUUUAAAGUGAUUGCGACGAAGAAGCGGUAAUUAAAAAUGUCUUUUUUUUCUGAUUAAUCACAAAAAUAAUCGACCGAUUAAUCGAUUAUUAAAGUAAUCACAGCCCGAGAUGGCACACAUGUAUCAUUGGUGGCCCGCCACUGAUAAAUUUGGACCGCCACAAAAAAGAUACGAUGCUGGCUCUUAAACACAUUAUAAUGGGACUUUUAGCUAACUCCGCAAAAGUCGAUGGUAGUCGAUUACAUCUUUGCCGGAGACGAAGAAAACAAAGUGCCAUCACUCUUUAAGUUUUGCUUAAGUUAGCUUAGCAGGUAAAAAAAAUAUAUUUUCUUAAUUUUUUUCAAGCUGCCGUGCCUCCAGUUAACCUUACACUUAAAAAACAGCUGCUCAAGAUUAUGCUUGAAGUUACCAUGACCCUUUAGAAGGCUUCCUUAUAAUGUUUUGGCGUGAUUAUUGCCCUCGAUUUAAAGAAAUAAAAUAAUAAUAAUAAUAAUGAAAUUCCUAUAUCGGCGGGAAUAUGAAUUAUUUUGGGCUUAACUGGAUUUUCUGAUGGCUUCCUUGGAAAUUAGGGAUGGGCAUUUGCCGCAAAUUCCAACCAUCGAUUAUGGUCAGCAUGAAAUCGAUUGGUUAAAUCUAAAAACAAAGAAUCUCUAUUUGAAUGUUCUUAACUCCUGCUUCCUCACCAUUGUCGUUGUCAUUUUCGAACGUUCUAAAAUUCCCACGGCUGUGCUCAUGUUUUGUUUUUUUUCCACGAAUCAAUCAAUUACUAUGCCCAUCCCGAAUUUGCCGCAUCCAACACAAGUACUUUGCUAAGCUACGGCGGCGCUAGCUUUGAUGGCGCUAUCUCUUCCAGCUACGAAUGAAAGAACCAUUUAACCGGCGUUUGCUGACUUUCUUUCAUUCCGAAGCGAUUUUUGAUAUUGUGCCACCGCUUGUGCUUUGGCUUUGAACGCCAGACGAUUGUGUCGGGAGGGGGGGGGGCGUGAACUGCACGUGCGGCAGGGUAGCAGCUAAGCGACGUUAAAGCCAAGUGUUCAAACGCAUGUCCCAUCCACACCGGUGCCACCUGUAGCAUGCAUCGCUGGCUUCCUGUCAUUUUUUCCCGACGCUAUCCAUGCUGACAUUAAAAAAAAAAAAAAAAAAAAAAGUCGGAGUUGGUUUUCUUGUUCCCUGUCCCUCGUGUGAUAUCUGUGUAACAAUGGAAUGUCGGGAUAGGUUGUUAAAAAAAAAAACAAAAACAAAACAACGACUUCCUGUGUUUCAUUUGCAUUCAGCAAGUAAAGCGAGUAUACUUCACUGCCUGACGAUACCCGAAAAACAAGUGUUUCUUUUCAAAGCUGCCAAGCAAACAGCAAAAUGCUAUAAAUGCUAAAAUGCUAAACAAAAAAAAAAAACAACAAAAAGUUGCCAUUUUUGUGUUUUCUCCUCUCGGGCGAACUAGUCUACGAUACUGCCAUUAUUUUUGCUGAUUGUCUCUGCUGAGUAUCGGAAAGCCAUAGGUUAGUGAUGUCAAAAAUGCAAAACUGUUAUUGAUCUGUGAGAUGUGAUGCAGAGUACAACCCGGGUGUGUUGGUUUUUUCCGUAAAUGUUCAACCCCCUCCCAACGCCCCCCGCUUCCCCCCUUUCUUCCUUAUUGUGCAAUCAUAUUGCCAAAGAAUGAGUUCAAGACCUGUUCCAUCACUACAUGUAAAUAUCAACGUUGUCCAAUAGCGUGGCAAAAAAUAUAUAUAUAAAUGUUGUUUUAUUUUGUUUUUCCAUUUUCUGAGAAACUGCAAUGAUGUUUAUGUGAUGUAUUGUCUUCCAGUUGGUUGCAAUAAUAAAAAAAAAAUCCAAGUUGCAGAAGAGUAUUUUUUUUUUUUUACGUCCCCGUCACCUUUCAGCGUUCACGUA